CAGAUUCAUUCCGCCACUUCGAACCUGAAAACUGUGGGCCGCAGGAAGUCUUCCUGGUUUCAGGUAAAAACAACACCUGACAAUGUCGAGCAAAACAGCAAGCACCAACAAUAUCGCCCAGGCACGGAGAACUGUGCAGCAGUUGAGAAUGGAAGCCUCCAUCGAGAGAAUAAAGGUUUCAAAGGCAUCAGCAGACCUCAUGUCCUACUGUGAGGAGCAUGCCAGGAGCGACCCUUUGCUGAUCGGGAUCCCAACCUCAGAAAACCCUUUCAAGGAUAAAAAAACUUGCAUCAUCUUAUAGAGAAGUACAGAAACAGUCCCUCGCCUCUUCUCAACAAAACAAAUUAUGAGCAGCUCCUUGGAAGAAAUUUACCUUCAGCUUGUUUGGUAACCACUGCUAAUAACUAAAAUACUCUAACUUGGAAUGAUUGACUCUGAUGUCUUUAUUCUCCAAGUUGCCCUUUCUCUAAAACACCUUUUACUGAUUUAAUACAGAAUAACAAUCUUCUUUUCCAUUUGGUAACUAUGGUGUCAUAUUGGGUUACUGCUUUAGAAAAGUUGGUUUGGGCUAUUUAAAAAACAUGAUUAUAUACUUUGAAAUAUGAAUAACCCAGUCAUAUCAAGACCUGAAUUACCUAAAUACCUGUCUAGAUUAAGAUGCCAACUUACUGAAACCUUUAUAUCAUAGUAUGUUUUUAAUAGGGUUGUGCCAACCUGUACAGUGUACAUGGGUGAGGAGUGUUUUGUGUGUAUAUAUAUGUCUUUGUAUAUACACAUAUCAAUGCUUAGUUCCUUAUUAAAAUCUCUCUCCACACCAUCAGUUCAACUCCAGAAGUUAUACCUUUGUCUUGAGCUGUAUAUAGAUAGAAUAAAAGUUUUUCAUAUAGUUAUUGUACAAAAAGGUAUCCACUGUAAUUGAGUCAUGAUGAGUCAUGAAGAAAUGUUGCUGACGUCGUAGGCUAUAAUCAGCUAUAUGGAUUAAAAUUUAAAAACUGAACUAAAAACCUCUUAUGAGGUAUUCACAAGGGAACCCUAAAAGUCUCUCAUGAUCCUGAGUCUAGAGAAGCAGGGGAGGCCUCUGGGCUCAUGUUCUCUAGAUUACAGGGAGACACCUCUGCCACCUUAUGCCCAGAGUGAGACAGAGUGCACAUGAGCCGCUGCCAAAAAGAAGCAGGAAUGUGUGAAAACCAGCUGCUUUUCUCCAAACUUUGUGAUUUCACUCUCUUUGCUCUGCCCUUUGUCUUUCCUCUCCCACUAGAACAGCUCCCCAGCCCCAAGUGGGUGGGACGGAAACAACACAACGGUAUCAGGCCCUGCAGUACUUUUCAAAUACCUGUAGUGCCAGUGUGUUCCCUACCUUGUCCACAAACCACCCGAGGCAGGCUUGGACUCAACGACUUGAUUCCAGCACGGGUUCCUUGAUUUUCCUCUGGACAUGAAUGCAGCCCUGACAUCCUUGGACUUUCUAGGGGGCAUCCCAAGGAAUCUCCUGUGCCCAGAGAGUAUUUUAACUUUAUCGGGAGGGAGAAAGGUUCUUUUAAAAAAAAUAAUGAUAAAGUGCUCAUGUAAGGGCUCAAAUCAUACACAAGCCUUUGAUGUUUUAAUUCAUCUUUAGUUCAUUAAAAAUAACUACUGAUGAAGGAUAAAAGCUUAUUUUCAAAAAGGAGUCAACCCCACGAUGGAAUUAUUUACGAUGGUUUUCCCUAGUUCUGUAUAAUCUUGCCCUGCAACACAAGCCCCUUUUAAAACCUAAUGUCUGUUUUUGAGUAUUAAGCUGAUCAUGGGUGAACAAAUGUAGUGCUAUUUUUAAACUGCUCAAAUAUAGACAGUAUUUCCCCAGUCACCUAUCUAUUCAGUAUUGUGAACUGCCCUGACUUUUCCAAGAUCAUGUGAAAAUCACGCCACAGGCCUUAACCUCUUGUCCUCUGCCUCUGGGUUUUGCAAUAUGACCAGGUUUCAAGUAAAUUAUAGGCACCUGUUUAGGAGAGAAAAAGGUGUAAUUUGAAAUGUACACUAAAAGAAAACAUUACAUUUAAUGCUUCACUUAAUGAGACAUUUUCUUUUCAUAAGUAUAUUUUUCUACUGAUAGUUUCAGAACACUAAUCUUAUUUUCACUCUGAUUUUUAACAUGUUUUGUUUUAAAUAUUUAUAAUACAGCUCAUUAAAUAUUUUUAUGAAAUUUUAUUAUGCCUUUUCAUUGUAUGUGCACUUUUUCAGUAGCAAGCAUAGUUCAUUCUUUAGUACUAAAUUAAUGUUCUUUUACCAAAAGAGAACAAUUAUAUUUUGCUCUCUAUUUGUUAAAGUGCUUAUAGUGGUAAGGGAAAGACUUGAGGUCCCUGGAGAUUUCAUUUUUGCUGGUCAGAUACCGUGAAGGCUAGGAGUAUAAAUGUCAUGUCACUUCCUAAAGAGGUACAGGGCAUGUUUCAGAAAAGUGAAAUCACAUCCUUUGAUGCUGGACCCAGUGGGGGAAAAAUUGUAGUUAUGUGUUGAUUUACUUACAACUAGACGUCUAUGUGAGAAAGUAUACGUAUAGGAUAUGUAGAAGUCACUUAUUUAUCAGGCUUUAUUUUACUUACAAAACACCAGUUUUAACUGGUCUGUGCAGCUGGUUUAUGAUGAUGGACAAAUGCCCAGUAUGUGUCAUUGUUUUUCCAGCUACCACUAUAAAAACACACUUAAUCACAUAUAUACAUGCAACUUCUUGGCGUCCUCUCUGUGGAGCUAUUUAAAUGUGUUCAUUAUACUUUUGCCUUUAAUGCUGUUUCUGUUAACAGUGAUCUAUUUUCAUUCUUAAAUGUUCAUUAGUGCAUAAAUCUGUCCAAUUGAGGCCUCAGGACCAUGGCAAGAUAUGCUAGAUGACAUUUCAUGACUCCAAAGGAUUUUACAGAAAUCAUUCACCAAGUAUAGGUUGUGGCUACUUUUUCUUCUACAAAAAAAUCAGGUUUUUACAUGUCCUUACCUUAUGCAAAUGAAAGUGCCAUAAUUAUCUUUUAAAGGAAGGACCUGCCUUCUCUCCAUACUGUCUUUGUACUUUACUAAUCUUUUCAACUAUCAAAAAGUUAUACCAGUGAUUUAGUAAUUUUGAGGCAUAGGUUGGUUAGUUUAGGUAGUAGAGGAUGUGCUAAACUUUGGCAUUAGCCUCUUCUCAGCUGAUUUACAACUAAGUGUCAUCUGAUUACACCAACUCUUGAUUGAAGGUCUGUGGAGGCCCAAGAAGUGAACUGCAUGUCAGUCCUUCUCAAAAUAUAAUACUGGAGUGCAUUAUGAAUUGUAUUGAUUUCUUUUAUGGUAGAUCUGUUAACAGGAACAAAGCAUGUGAAUCAAAUAGAAUUAAGUGUAAAUUAAAAUAGAGCGCUUAGUUGGGGUGGCCUGGAUCAUAGCCUUGGAUCCUUCUUCAGCCAAUGUGGUGUCCCUGUGUCGUGUGACUCUGAACAAGGCACUUCAUCUCGCUGGGCCUCCGUUUCGCCAUCUGUAAAACAAGGGGCUUGAAGUAGAUGAUGGUGGAGAUUCUCCCCCACCUCCACUGUCCAAAGCCUCGGUCCAAUGGCCUAUCCCGCCACAGGUCCUGCCAAUGUGUUGGUGCUAUAAGCUGCUUCAAGUAUAUAAUGGUUUGUCUAUCAAUAUGCUCAUUUAAUAGCUUAUGAAAGGCCUUUUUGUUAUAAAGCCUUUUCUGGUUUUAUGGACUUGAUUACUGUAAUGUCUUGUUUUUAGCCAUGUAACUAAACAUCAUUCACUUGAUGUCCCAGUAAUCUGCGUUUAGUACAUAGUUGAUGGGAUUUUGUUAUUUUAUAGCAUUCUUUGGCUAUUCAUCUGUCCAGCAUCUUAUUAACCUAAGCACUGUGAUCAUCGUUUGGAAAUCUGUCCUAUGGAAAGAGUAGAAAAACAUUUACUUCACAUGUAUUUCACAGAUUCAAAAGAAGUUUCAUUAAAACAUCCUUCUCUUUACUGGAUCAGUGCCUCAAUGUAUCAUCCUACUUGUGUUUUGCUCAAUAAAUUAAUAGAAGACCA